AUGAAACGUACUAGUGAUAACCGAAGCUAUUCCUGCCACUAUUGCCCUCGUCAGUUCCUUCAUUCUAGCCAGUUGCAAGACCACGAAACAAUGGAACAUGGCCUCCCGGUUAGUCUGAAGACAUCAAGUCCCCAUCAGUUCGAUCAGCCCUUAAACAAUAUGCGUGAUCUCAGAACGCGUACAACACCUCAGCUGCAGAAUACUGCUGGAUCCUCUCCGAUGCGGCUGCGUAAUUUAUCAGACUCGCUGAAUCUUGUCUCGGAAGCGGCUACAACUUCAGUGUCGACAACGCCUCUUGGAAAACUCACAUCCGUUGCCAACAUGUUCUCGAAAUUCGACUCAUGUCCCACCAGUCUUCUGCCUUUACCAGCCGGCCUAAAUCUAUUUCACGCCGUGAACAAAUCAUCAACAAUGUCAAAUCCAGAACAACACAGCAAGAAAACUUUGCAGGAAACAGAAUUGACAAACGGUGCUGUUACAGCAUCCGUGCCGUCGGAUGGAACAUUUCAAUGCACUUUGUGUCCUGAAAUGUUUGUCAGUCGAGCUGACUUGGAGACACAUUUUGGACAACACAUACUACAACAGAUAGAGCACAAAUUUGCUGACUGGAAGGUCCGUGGUUCGAACCCGACCUCCCCCUGCCGACUUCCCGUGUCUAGCCUUGGACAUUCUGGCAGUAUCCCAGCCCUCGUGCUUACUUCAGGUGGCAUGGCAGAUUGGCACCGAAAGGAUGCUACAGCUGAACGCAUCUUACUCCAAUGGAAUGCGUUUAGAACAAUAUGCUGGGAUUUUUUUUAUCACACCAAAGAUUCUUUACUACUAUUUUACGUGAGUAAAAUAGCCGAACACCUCACUUUCACCAUUUUCAAAGGCGGGAAACUGUCACGGCUUCCAGUGGGGAAUCUGUCCAUGCAUUAUCCCUAUUCGAACAAAGUAUCCCAACAUAUGGAUCACUUGUCCAACACAGCGAGCAACAAAACACCAAUGGAGGAGAUCUUACUUGGCGUGUUGCAAGCUGCGGGCAAAUUUCCAUUCCCAUCGACAACAGUAGCAUCUAGUGUUGCCAGUUCCCAGAACGUCCCAUGCACUGAAGUCAAGUCAGCCCUGGACCCUUUCAAAACCCUCUCCACGGCAGCAAAUGCUGCUAAUUUGUUUCCCAAUACUGCACUGGCUGCGGCCCUAACCACCUUGAGUCAACUGUUUAUGUCUGCAGCUGUGAACGGCUCAAGUACGACUGGCAACUCGGGACCCGUUAACAACCCCACAAUGCUGACAGAAGCUCUAUCGAAAUCUGGAAUACUACCUAGCCAAAAACCGAGUGUACCGUCGCAACCACUCGCGACCAUGGGUUCUACAGCAACGCUGCUUGAUACCGCUUCCUUUGAACAAUUAUUAAAAUCGGUCGCAGCUUUCAGUGCGACAUCUUUCGGAUCGCCAGUGACUGCUUAUUCGAAUUUCAGGAGUACAAUGAACCAAGCCUCAUCCACACUCUCGACAGUGAAAGAUAGCUGUUCCAGCGACUUGGAAGAACAAGGAAUGAACUUGACAGCUACUCAGGGAAUGCGUUCGUUGGUGGAUGCUACAACACCGACCAACUCUGCCAUUGCAACACCUGCCUUCACAUCUAACUCCCUUAUGGGGUCCAUACCCACCCAUCCCUUCCCAUGGUUGAUCAACCCUAAUAUUGUAACAUCACCAUCGGUUACUGGGCCAUACUCUCAGUCGUUUAUCAAUUCAACGAAAGAAUCAUCAGGCCGUGAAUCCUUUCAACCAAAUGAGCUCAACCACUCGGUAGACAAACGUUCUCCGUCAAAUCAUGGCACAGUCGAUCUGAAUGGACUGUCUGUCAGUGAAUCUCAAGACAUCAAUGCAACCGAGGGAGCGGCACUACAAAGCUGUGUCGAAAACAGUUCCGCAAAAUCAGGACUGAAUACAAGACAGUGCGAUUUAUGUGAUAAAACGUUCAACUGCUCCAGUGCCCUACGCAUUCACUACAGGAAGCAUUCAGGCAUGAACGCACACACGAACGUAUGCAUCAAACACCAUUCACGAAUCGGCCGAAUCGAGUGGUGUGAUACUGAGUUCGCCUUUGACGGUAAACGCAGUCCACGAGUUUUCAUCAAACUUACGUUGUACUUGGACCCAAGUUGUCCGAAGUUCGACGAUUUAUUUUUCACAGGAGACUCACAUGAAUCCGGUAGUAGACUAUUCAAGAGAAAUGUUACGUCUAUGCAAUGUAUUGCACUAUUUCGAAUAUCGU